UGAAGUCCCGGCUCUCACGAGUUCAAGAUCGGCAUGAAGCUAGAAGCCCAGGACCCCAGGAACACCACGUCCACCUGCAUCGCCACCGUGGUGGGCCUGACGGGCGCCCGCCUGCGCCUGCGCCUCGAUGGCAGUGACAACAAGAACGACUUCUGGCGCCUGGUGGACUCGGCUGAAAUCCCAGACAGGCCACGCCCCCAGACAGCGGCACACACGAGCUCUCUCGAAACGAGCUUCCUGACCCCUCCCUUGCAGGAGCCGCCGUCUCCAUCCCAGAACUUCUUCAAGACAGGCAUGAAGCUGGAGGCAGUGGACAGGAAGAACCCACACUUCAUCUGCCCGGCCACCAUUGGGGAGGUGAGAGGCUCCGAGGUCCUUGUGACAUUCGAUGGCUGGAGAGGUGCCUUCGAUUACUGGUGUCGCUAUGACUCCAGGGACGUCUUUCCUGUCGGCUGGUGCUCACUGACAGGAGACAACUUGCAGCCCCCUGGGACGAAAGCUGGGAUUCCAAAGAGCCCCUUUCCGCUCUCCGAAGGGAGUGCCGAGAAGCCCAGUCUGCACAGCAGCAUAAAGGCUGCUCUGGGGGCCCAACCUGGGCAAAAGCGUCGCAAGUCAAGUAAGAAGCGCGGCCGAACACCCAAGGCCACAAUCCAUCACCCCAUCCCUGCCCCGGCCAAGUCUGUGGAGCCUCUGAAAUUCCCCAAAAAGAGGGGCCCAAAGCCUGGCAGCAAGCGGAAACCGCGGACGUUGCUGAAUCCAGCCCCCACCUCUCCAACAACAAGCACCCCUGAGCCAGACACGAGCACUGUGCCCCAGGAUGCUGCUACUAUCCCUAGCUCUGCCAUGCAGGCCCCCACAGUUUGUUUUUACUUGAACAAGAGCAGCAGCACCGGGCCUCACCUGGACAAGAAGAAAGUUCAGCAGCUGCCUGACCAUUUUGGACCAGCCCGGGCCUCUGUGGUGCUGCAGCAGGCAGUGCAGGCCUGUAUUGACUGUGCUUACCAUCAGAAAACUGUCUUUUCCUUCCUGAAGCAAGGCCACGGGGGAGAGGUCAUUUCAGCCGUGUUUGACCGGGAACAGCACACUCUGAACCUGCCGGCAGUAAACAGCAUCACCUACGUCCUGCGCUUCUUGGAGAAACUGUGCCACAACCUGCACAGCGAGAACCUCUUUGGGAACCAGCCUUUCACCCAGAGCCACAUGCAGCACCCCCACGAGUACAGCCACGACAGGUACCUACCAGGUGAAACCUUUGUUCUGGGAGACGGGCUCCCAGGUCCCCUGGAGCCUCGCCUGGACCCCCUGGACUCCGCCUUGAACUCUGUCAACUCAUCCAGCCCCAGGAGGAACUCCAGAGACUACCGCUUGCAGGGAUACAGGCAUCUGCACCAGCCCUCUAGCCUCACCCAGGGCAACGCCUCUGCCUUGCGGAGGCUAAGCUCUGUGGGUAA